GAAAAGGAAGGAAAUCUUCAAUGACUGAUCCUGCUAUCAACUUUACUCUUCAGAAAAUCGCAGAGUCCUUCCGAAAACAACUACACAGUAAGAGAUGUCAGAUUUCUCAGGCACAGCCUGUGAUCUUCACGGAGGGAAGCUGAAGCGGUUUUGUUUGAAUGAGGGAGAGACCUUCUGUGAAGACUGUACUAAAGAACAUGACGAUCACAAACAUGUUUCAGUGCAGGAAGCUGUGGCAGGUUAUAAGAAACAAGCCCAGCAAACAGAGAGGCAGAUAAAGGAGGAGUUUGAGAAACUUCACCAGUUUCUACAAGAUGAAGAAAAGGCCAGGAUUGCUGCACUGAGGGGGGAAGAGGAACGAAAGGGAAGAAUCAUGAAGGAGAAGAUUGAACAUAUAAGUAAAAUAAUAUCAUCCAUGUCGGAAACAAUGACAGCAAUUGAGAAUGAGAUGAAAACAGAAGACCUUGUGUUCCUUAAGAAUUACAGAAAAACUAAGAAAAGAGCCGAGCGCACACUGCAGGAUCCACAGUGUGUUUCAGGAGCGCUGAUAGAUGUAGCCGAGCACCUGGGCUCUCUGAAGUACAAAGUGUGGGAGAAGAUGCUGGGGAUUGUUCAAUACACUCCAGUGACUCUGGAUCCCAACUCUGCAGCACCCUGGCUCAUACUGUCUGAGGAUCUAACAAGUGUGAGAGUCAGUGAUGAGAAAGAGCAGCUUCCUCACAACCCAGAGCGGUUUGAUACCAGUGUUUGUGUGCUGGGCUCUGAGGGAUUCACUUCAGGGAAACACUGCUGGGAUGUUGAAGUUGGAAACAAAACUGCCUGGAAUCUGGGUGUGACAAACGAGUCCAGCCAGAGGAAAGGGAGCAUCACUGUGAACCCAGGAGCAGGAUACUGGAUUAUAGCCCUGACAGAUGGGGAUCAGUACUGGGCAUGCACCUCACCAUGGACACAACUCACUGUGGAGAAGAAACCCCAGAAGAUCAGAGUUCAGCUGGACUGUGACGGGGGGGAGGUGGCAUUCUUUGACUCCAGUGAUAUGAGACCUCUCUACACUUUUAAACACAGAUUCACUGAGAGGAUGUUUCCAUAUUUCUGUCCUUGCUUAAAUAAAGAUGGGAAAAACCGUGCCCCCCUCAGAGUGUGCCCUGUGAAGGCAGUUAUAAAAGUGGACUAGCCCAAUGUGUUGAGGAUGAAGAGUAGGGCUGUAUAAUAAUAAUAAGAAGCCUGUGACCCUGCUGGCCGCUGCACACUGAUGGGGGGGGGGGAGGUGUGGCAGUUACAGGGGAAGAGUUUCAGUGAAGCUCGUUUCCUCCUGGGUUAAAGGGUUGAGCAGUAAACCAGUAAGAACAGGAGCAGGUUGUGUCGUUUACUGGAGGUGCUGGGGGUGUAUAUG